CACUAUGCCAUGUUAUUUUAUUCCAUUCUGUGAAACUCUACGCAUUAUCGGCUUAAGAAUUAGCUAAACUUACCUUACAUAGUAUGUUUUCAUUACUAGAAGUUCAAAAACUAUUUGUAAAGGCUCUCUUACACGUUUCGUAAGUCCGUGUAGGAAAGAUGUUGUUGAUCAACAAAACAUGUUCAACAUUUAUUUGCGAGUGAAUGUGAUUAUAUCUGCGUAUUGUGAACCUUCUGGAGAGUACAAUGGAGCAGGCUAGUGGUUCUAGCGUGAUGGAGAAGCACUAUUCUCCCCGCGACCGGCACCUCAUGUGCCUCGUGGUGUGCGCGCUGCGCGCCGCGGCGCGCGUGGCAAGCGGCUCGAGGCAAACAACGCGAUCAAGCCUCGAGGCAACGGCUUGCCGUCUCAUCGCGUGGCAGGUGGAGGACGGGUACCAGAAUGUGUACAGACUGUGGUGCACCUUGCGAGCGAUGUCCCUGUUUAAACUGCGCGCACAUUUAACACGCGGCGACAUGUCGGCGACAAACGAGCAACUGUCAACACUCGAGUGGGCCGUCGUGGAUACCCUCCUUCUGUACGACACGUCCGUUCUCACUACGACAAGCUUCACCCAGCACGCACAGGUGGCAGCACUGGAGCGUACAUUCCAGCUGGUACAGCAGUUUCAGCUGCAGCCAGAAAAUGGGGGAGCUGUGUCUCCUGAACAGUGGAGUCGGGCUGCAGAAGCUUAUUGCAAGAAUGGCGUGGUGCUGUCAGCAGUGGCGCUGCAGCGGCGCUGGCACGAAAUAAAGCUGGACACGCGGCAACGCGCAUGUGCCACCCGCGCGCUCCUGUGGCCCAUACACGAGGCUGUGGCCAAAAGAUACCCUCGCGUGGUGACAAGCACGGAGGCAACUUGGCGAGAGCUGGUGGCUGCCGGGAAGGUGACCUCCCCGACGAGCGAGCGCGGGCCGGCGCCGGGCGAGUCUCGUGUGACACCCGCGCGAACACACGAUCUGGGAAAAAAUAUAGAGGCCUCAGUCAGUGCCAUAAUUAAUGCAGCUCAUAAAAGAAAUAAAAUUCUGAACAGACAUACUUCCACGAGUAAGAACUGUGAUAAAAAUAUAGAUGUAACAAUAAAACCAGAAGUAAUCGAAAUUGAAGAUGACGUUCCGAGUCCGAAGGAAAAUAUUAUUGAUGCUAUUCAGGAUAUAGACUUAAGUAAUGUAGAUGCAAUGAUAGUUUAUGAAAGUGAUGAAGAAGAUGUGAAAACUAUUAUUAACCUUGAAAUGGGUAAGGGUGAAGAAUAUGAAGAGCCUCAAAAUAUAAAUAGUUCAGUUUCAUAUCAGAAAGUCCAACUUGAAAAUAACGAAGACGAUGAUGACGACAGUAUAGAAUUCAAAGAAAAUGAAGAUAAUUGCCAAUUAGAAGAUAUAAAAAUUGAUAUCCAUGAACAUAACAUAAAAGAAGAAUUAAUUGAAAGGCAUAAGAAAAAUAAAUGUUCUUCUCCUGAUCUAAAUAAACAAAUAGAGAACGUUAUGCGUACCAAAAAUGAUAGUGAUAAUGAUAUUGAUAGUGAAAUUGAAAAUAGUUCGAUGAGCAAAGAUUUUGACGAAGUAGAAAACCGAUUAAAGGGCGAAGUAGUAACUAAACAUUGCGAAUACAUAAAUGACACGAAUCAAGAGUCAAGUGGCAUUGAUCCCAAACUACUAAUGUGUCCAGUGGUACUUUUAAGAAGAAUCGACGAACCAAAAAUUCACAACCCUCCUUUACCAAUCCGUAGACAAUCCACCUCCAAUAAACCUUUUGAAACUUCAUACAGUAGAUUGUCUUAUGAGAGGAACGAAUUUAUAAAUAAACCUUCUAGCAGUAGAUAUAGAGAUUAUAGAGCUAGGUUAGCCUAUGAGAAAAAUAUAUCCAGAUCUUUCUAUGAGACGAAUAAAGAAUUGUUAAAACAAUGCAAGCCUUGUAUGGUGUCUUUAAGAAGGGUGGAUGAAGAGGAUAAAAAAAUGGGGGGAGGUAGAAAAAGGGUUCGACUGCCGGAUAUGGAGAUAGUGAGAAGGAAUAAUCGUGGUAUAGCGACGGCUGAAGUAGCACCAAUGAUGCCUAUACAGGAUGCGACUAAGCGUGUGCGGCCAAAUCAGACCUACAACGAUUCUGCCAUUUUGCCAUCGACAGUUUUUGGUCCUUCAGCAUCAUCGACUUUGCAAGCUUCUGGAACAAAUAUUUUACAUAAUACAUUCCGACCAUCGGUCCCACCGCCGUGGGCACGGACUCCGACGCAAGAAUCAGAGCAAACUUCCUUGUCAGAAAACUUGCUCAUUCGCAAGACUAUUCAGAAUUCAUUACAUACCGAAUCUACACAAAAUUUAAUAAAUCCAUCAACUCAGUCUUUGCUGCAAUCUCAAAAUGGGACUUUUGUACAAAACUCUCAAAAUUCACUGAAUAAUUUUAAUCCUUUACAAGGUUUAUUAUCGAAUCCUGUGUUACAAGGACCACAUAUAAACAGGCCACAACAACAAAAUAUAACAAGUGAUUGGCCUCAAGCACAAAAUAUACUACCAAAUCAAUUAUCAAAUAUAUCACCACAAAAUGUAGCUACACAAAACGUAUCAUCACAGAAUAUAGCAAUGGAAAAUACACCGAUACAUAAUGUAACAGCGCAGAAUAUGGUAACGCAAAAUAUAGCUAUGCAAAAUCAAACUCAACCAAAUGCAAAUAUAGCAGAUGAAUUAGCAGCCACGAUAGCAACACAGAUUUUGUUAGCUUCAAAUACAACAAUGCAAAGUUUGUCAAUACAGAAUCUACAGACACAAAAUAAGGACACAAAUGAAGUUCCAGAAACACAGAAUAUAAUCGCAAGAGAAGCAGCAAUAGCACAGAAUACAACAACACCAAAUACAGCAAAGCAAAAUUCACCAACACAGAAUAUAGCAAUGCAAAAUUUACCAACGCAAAAUAUACCAACACAGAACAUAGCAAUACAAAAUAUUACGCAAAAUAUAGAGACACCAAAAAUUUUCAUUCCAAAUUGGGGUGUCGCCAAUAUGGCGGGAGUACUACCAUUGAGGCAAACAAAUAUCAACCAGCCAAGCCUAACGAUAGACGGGACUUUACUCGCUCAAAAUUUCCAUGGCAUAGUCCUUAAGCAAGAUCAACCUAUGAACCAAUUUGUAACUGGCCCGCAACCUGGUCCAUUUAUGGUUAACCCAGUUUCUUGUGUUAACACACCAACUAUACUUAUGAACCCACAGUCUAGCAUUGUUGCAAACCAAGCUUUGCUAUGUGGCUCAGUAUUGCAAAUCAUACAACCUACUGAUGAUUCUAAUAGGACUCAACCAAAACUUGAAGAUUCUACAGGUUCUAAAACACAACAAACCCCAGUUGAAGGUACUUCCAACACCAGCGGUACAGUGGACGAAAACGGAGACACGAAAGCUUUAAGUAACAGUGUUCUGAAAACUGCGGGAAAUAUUGAUUUGCUCCAGGUGGUCCCUGUUGAGAAUCUUUUUAAAAUGAUACCGAAAAAAUAUACACACAAUAUUUCAUACAAAAAUUUUCUCGAUUUCCUCGACUGGAAAACAUUACCUCUCUCACCGUCAUACCUAGUGAAGGAUCGGCCCGUGGACUUCAAUUACGUUCUGUGCACGGGCCCGGGGCAGGGCUGGCGGCUGAAGGGGCACCUCGUGGUGUCUGACCAACAGAAGCCACCGCCGAAGGCCGCCAUAUGGGCGUUGAGGCCUAGGGUCCGACUGGACCUGCCAACAGCGGAAGACGGCAAGGCGGCCCCGCACGUGACAUUCCAAGAAAAACUGUACCAGAAGGUUCUCGACUCCCCUCUCACAUAUGCUAUGAUGUUGGUAGCAGUGGAAUCUGCGGCGGCGUGUCAGAGGCUGCUGAACCGCGGGGCUGCCCUGCAGUUCUACUGUCUGGGGAAUGGGAGGUUGCACCCGAUACUAUCGCAGCGUUUAGACAGCGGCUCUUUCAUCCUACAAGGCGAGGCCGACAUCGAAUCGCCUCUAGCCGAGCUCACGCGCCGCCUCCACCCAAAACCGCCGACGCCGACAAACAAACCCGCCACGCCGACCGCGCCGAUACUCAGCGCCAUGAUCUCCGCCGCGCCGAGGCAGUUACCACGGCAACAAGUUGUAGCCACCGCGCCGAUUUUAAGCGCGUUGAUUUCAGCAGACAGGAGACCUGUGACGAACACGUUAACGAUAACAGUGUCUGAUUCUGAAUCCGAUCUGACCCCACCAAUGUCACCCAUAUCGAUAGAUUCAGGAUCCGCUGUUCAAUCAGAAACAGGAUCAUUAACUGAUCCUGUACCAUCUACAUCGAAACUUACGCCGUCUGAAUCCGAACGACCAAAGUUGAAACCGGAAUCGGAAAAAGUUACAUCCAUGCCGACUCCGCCAGUAGUCUCCGAGAAUUCACUAUCUGCUGAGUCUUCAGUAAAUUCCAAGCCAAAUUCAGAAUUAGCCAAAUCGAUUGAUGAAAAACCAUCGAAUUCAACCGAAACGGAAAAAACAUCGAAAUGGGCAAAAUUACAUUUAGGUAGAAUUAAAAAAGCCAUAAAAGUCACAGAUCUGAUAGCGUCCACGCCAUCAUUGAAGAACCCGAUUAUCAAGCGGAGAUUCACAAAGUUACCUCCAGGGAUGAAAUCACUAACUAAACUUCAAGUAGAAAGGACUUCACCAAGCGAAACUACUGGAAGUCUCUCAGUGCCAACCAAGUCGGAUGCUCAAAUAAAUACUUCAAUACCAACUAAACUGACAGCUCAAAGAAUGACGAAACGGCCAAAGUUUAAACCACGCAUAUUACAAAAAGAAACAAAACCUCAAGAAGAAAACGCGCCUGCUUCACUACAAAACAAGUCUACUCGAAUACCAGCGAAACGGUUUAGACCAUCCUUACGGAGACAACAAUCGAAAUUAGCUCGAAAACAUGUAACGUCGAAACUGCCGGCGGUUAAUCUAGCGUCGCCGAAUCCACCGUCAAAAUUAUCGUUGAAUCCUGAUGAAUCCUGUGAUCGGAAGCCACUGCAGAAUCCACAGUCGGAUAUACCAACGACCAAAUCGUUCAGGCCGAGUAUAUUAAAGCGGAAAGUGCCAGAACUAACCACGCCGAAACUGGAGCCGAUUGAGCCGCCAACGCCAUCAGUAAGUCCCGGAAGCCAGCAGUUCGACUGGGACGCGUUGUCGGAAGCGGACUUCGUAGCCCACUACCGCCUGCCCAAGCGGCGCGUGCGCACGCUGGCGCACGAGCUAGCGCCACAUAUACAGGAACACUGCAUUAAGAAGGUGUUGUCCUGCCUGCGUUACCUAGCGACGGACGCCGCGCGCCCCCUGGCGGGCGCCGCGCAAGUCAUCGACGCGCUCAACCAUCAGAGUUUCUACAAUAAGUAUAUCACCUUCCCAAUGGAGAAGGAACAACGGGAGAAAAUCAAAAAAAGGUUUAAGCAGCUGUACAAGUUUUCCAACGUGCUUGGCGUGGUGGACGGGGUGCAUAUAGAGCUACGCGACUGGCCUCCGGGACAUGAGGGCGUCUUCCUCAAUCGAGCGGGCUUUCACUCGCUCAACGUGCAACUAAUCUGCGACGCGGACCUGAACAUACUCAGCGUGGACAGCAGCCAGGGCGGCUGCACGCACGACUGCACCGCGUGGACUGCGCACCACCUGCAUCACCACCUGCAGCGGCUGCAGGACGGCUACCUGCUGGGUGACUCCGGCUACCUCCAGCGCGAAACCCUCAUGACGCCCUUCCCCUCCCCCUCCUCCCGCGCCCAAACCCUCUACAACUCCCUCCACCACCGCGCCUGGAACUCCAUCAAACAAACCCUCCACACCAUCAGACUACGCUGGAGAAGACUCACUACCCCAUUACAGGAAAGCAAAGCUAGGAACAUAAUAAAUGCUUGUGUGAUCCUGCAUAACAUCGCGCAAGAAUGUAACGCACCCAUACCUUACACAGACUUAAAAGAGCAAAAACAGCGAGAUGAGUUGUUAGAAGAGCAGCAGGAGGGAGCGGUGGAGAGUUUGGUCACCGCGCCCGACAGGGGGCGGGUGUUGAGGGAGUGGGAGAGGGGGGCUCGCUAGAGACCGGCUGGUGGGGGGCUUGAGUGAGUUGAUGACGAAUGACUCUCCAAUAGUGUUAGAUGAUAUUGAAAGUGAUUAAAUAAAAAAAAAAUACACAAUUUGUAACUUACUUAUAUAUUUACUGUCGCCAACGGACGGGGCGUUCAAAAGUAUCUGAACACGCCCGAACAUCUUGACGAUAAAAGUGUGUUUAGUUAUUUAUGAUCACCUUGACCGUGACAUGAGCGAUAUAACGACUCGAGUUUGCAAUAUUCUUACGCCCAGAGUUACACAAUGUUUUUCAUCACACUUGCAAUAUGACUCAGUGGUAGAUGAACUUGAAAGUUAUUGGAUAAAAAAUAGACAUAACGUGUAACUUAUUAUAUGUUCAGUCGCUAGAUAUAUCUCGAUGUGGCCACGACGUUCAACGAUAUCGGAUGUCGGAUCGAUAUUCCAUAUAUUUACGCCGUCAUCUUUGAUGUUUUCCUGUGAAAUCCUUCGUCCAUCCGAUAUCGGAUCGGAUAAUGUGAAAACGCACUAACCUUGACGAUAAAAUUGUGUUCAGAUAUUUCUGAUCAGCUUGACCGCUCCGAUAUAUCAGGUGAACUGUUAAAUAUUUUCCUGUUUCCUAAUAAAUGUCUGUAUAAGUUGUGGUAUGUAUAAGUAUGGACUGUGUUAUUUACCUAAUGUUUCCUAAUAAAUAUCUGUGUUCAUCACACAAAUGCCAUCACAAAAUAUUAUCGAACUUAUAGUUUAUUGUGAACUUUAGAGACCCUUUGUUAAUUUAGUGAAUAAGGUUUGGUUUAAACGUGUAUAAGUUUAAAAUGAUAUUCUAAGUUUUUGGUUGACAGGCGAUGAUGAUCUACAUUUUCUUUUACAAUAAGUACAUGUAAAUAAAAUCGGUAUGUUAAACCUCCAUACAUUGUUUUUGUAAAUACAACAGUAAAGUGUAUAUUUUGAUUUA